GUGCAGCAGGCUGUUACCUAGUUACAAGCAAGAGACGGUGCGACCUGCAGCACAGUUAUAAUGUUGCGCUGGUGACUUUCAGUGCAUCCAUCGGUCCGGGAGCAGACGGAGGACUCAACUCACCGAGAAACACACCGGAGCACCGGAGCGGACCGUUUCGCGGAGGGGGAUGCAAAGAAAACACGUCCUGACAGGGAAUAAACGAAGUGCAGCUGCUUUUUUUUGUGUUGUUUCAUCAAUAAAUCCUGAUUCACUAGAUGAGACUCGAGGAAAUCGCGGUUUGAAAAGUCUCAGCUAAAGAACAGAUGGGCGGGAGCUGAGACGGCAGAAGGACAAAGCGACAUUAAGAGCACAUCUAUGGGUGUCGUCUCGCUUCCCGGGCUGGAGAUGACGGAUGAGAUGGGGGAGAACGGCAGCUUUGCCAGCCCCUCGCCUGGACUCCCCCUGUUUCUGCUCAUGUUCAACGGCAGCGAUCUGAACGAGACGCUGUUGAACGAGACGCUGUUGAACUCAACCAACUCCACCAACCCAGAUGUCUCCUCAGGCUCCGGCGCGGCAGGGGUCCUCAUCUCACUCAUAUACAUAAUUGUCUGCAUCAUCGGCCUGGGUGGAAACACUUUAGUGAUUCACAUUGUGCUGCACUACUCGAAGACAGAGUCAGUGACCAACAUCUACAUCCUAAACUUAGCCAUCGCCGAUGAGCUGUUCAUGCUCGGGUUGCCUUUCCUGGCGGUCCAGAACACCCUCCAGUCGUGGCCGUUUGGCCCCUUCAUGUGCCGUCUGGUCAUGACUGUCGACUCCAUCAACCAGUUCACCAGCAUCUUCUGCCUGACCGUGAUGAGCAUCGAUCGCUACCUCGCUGUAGUUCACCCCAUCCGGUCUUCAAAGUGGCGCCGCCCUCAGGUAGCCAAAAUGGUGAAUUGCACUGUCUGGGCUCUGUCGUUCCUUGUUGUUCUGCCUGUGGUCGUCUUUGCCAACCAGAAGGCACGAGGUACUUGUAACAUUGCAUGGCCACACCCGGCUAAGAUCUGGCAGGCAGCUUUCAUCAUUUACACCUCCACAGUCGGAUUCUUCUGCCCUCUUCUUAUCAUCUGCCUCUGCUACCUACUCAUCGUCUUCAAGAUCCGCAGCUCGGGUAAAAAAGUCCACGCCACCUCAACCAAGCGAAGGAAGUCAGAGAGAAAAGUGACACACAUGGUUGUAAUCAUUGUUGCCGUGUUUGUCUUCUGCUGGCUGCCUUUCUACGCCCUCAACAUCAUCAACCUGCUGGUGUCCCUGCCCUCAGAGUACCAGGGUCUUUACUAUUUUGUCGUAGUGCUCGGCUACGCCAACAGCUGCGCCAACCCCAUCAUCUACGGCUUCUUGUCAGACAACUUCAAGAGAGGUUUCCGGAAAGCCCUCUGCCGCUCCACGAGGAAGGUGGAGAACCACGAGCCCAUGGAGCACCACAAUCAGCAGGAGGAGGAGGGGAGGACGGCGCUCAUGCCCAGGGAGAGCCUGAGACGGGCAAUCAAGGACGAAGAGGACGAUUACGAGGAAGACGUGACAGAAAUGACUGAGAUCUACAGAAUCGCCCAAAAUGGCAACAGCAGCUUCCAGCAGCAGAGCUCGGAGCCACUGUUCUCGGAGAAAGGAGUGACUCCGGGAGCAACGGAGCCGUCGUGCCCAGACAAGAGGGACAAAGCUGGGGACACGAAAGGGAAAGAUCCAGUCAACGGGUCCACACUGACUGUACCGUUGCUUCUCAAUGGAACCAAGAAUGGGAGCAUUAAAACUCUGCCAGAGGAAAACAUGGAACAGAGCACCUCAUUAGAGAUAAGUUACUUAUAGUGUAAAAGAUGGACUGUAUGUUACGUGAAGUGAACUCAGUAUUACAACACAGGGCAGCCUGCCUCGAAUCCACAACAUUGAGCUGUUUGUAAUGGAGCAAAAAAUGCCCAUUAACAAAAUACAUCAUGAACACUUUAGAAAAACUCCUUAGAUUUGCUAUUUUUGAUCAAUGGACUCAAAGUUUCUUUAGCAUUUGAAGGAGUUGCUAAAGUUUACCAACAUAGAGAGUGUAUAUAAUGUACAUAUGCAUGACUGAUUAUACAAAGUUGUGCCUUUCCUGACUUUUAUCACAUGUAUCUUGUUGAUUGUUGUACUUGUAGCCUUUUUAUUCCAUGUGACAACCGUAUUUAAGCUUCAGUCAACAUUCACUGCAACCACCUACACGUUAGCUAAAAUACUACAUUAAUGACAUGUCUAUUAUUUUAAUUUAAGUAGGAAUCCCGUGUAUGUAGCCCCAUCUCAUAUUUCAUUAUGUUGUAAUACGUCUUGCAGGUUACACUUUAAGGCAAAUGUAAAUGUUUGUUCUCAUUCAGUAUAUCCAAAUAUUCUAUGUGGAUAUUAGCUUUGAUGCACGUGGCUUAUAUUCAGGCCCUGAAAUUAAUCUAAGCUAUGUUGUAGCUGAAAUUGUGACUGUGGUGAAGGAUUUACUUUGUCUCUUACAUAAUAGUUGGAAAAAUGCACUAUUUCCUGAAAGCAUAAAAGUUGUGUUUGAUAACAUUUCACGCUGGACGGAAGAUCAGACCUCUCCCUCGAUGAGGUUAGACAAUAAAACAGCAUGUGCUGGCUGCUGCUUGCAGAUCAAGAUGGAUUGAAAAACACACUUUGAAUGGAAACAAUAAUAUUACUGUAAUAAUUU